AUGUCGUCCCGCCCUAGAGGAGGCCGCGCCACCGCUGGUCGAGAUGGCCAAGCGACUGAACUUGAAAAUGAUCUACUCACCAGAGCCCUUGAGAGCCUACGGAAGGCCAGGGAUUUCAAUGAAAAAUGCAGAAAGAUCGGCCAAGACAUUAUGAUCCUGGAGGAAGAAAUCAAAGCAGCCGGACACGGAACCCCUGACCAAUAUCGACGUCUGGACGCCCUUUACCGAGAAAACCUCCGAUACGCGGAAAGUGAGAAGAAGGUUCAUGAUGACGACGAUAUCAUCAGCAAUCUUGCAAUCCUAGAGACCAUGAGAUCUAACGAUGAACCGGCUCCUCGCAAUGGCCAGCCCAAAUCACGGAAGCACCAGCGGCCUGCUGUUGACUCGGAAGCCGUUGAGUCUCCUGGGCCCAGCCCAGGGGACGGUCGUCUAGAAAUGAUGAAACGGGUCAAGGGCACCUCCCAACGGAGUUCAAGCACAGCAAGCGUAAAUCGGGCAGCCACCACUGUCAGGGACGAUGGGGGCGAAACGAACAAAGGCCUGCAAGCGGAAAGGGCAGGUACCCUUGUAGCCGGAACCGAAGUCUUUUACAAAUUCCCAAAGGAUCAUCAAGAGCAAGAAGAAGGAGUUGGUAUCCACUGUAUCAUCAAGAAAGUGUGGCAGGAUAAGAAGCCGGUACAAUACGAUGUUAGGGAUCCAGAGGAUGAUCCUUCUGGCAGGCAAACGGUGCGCAAGGCUACAGCCAGAGACCUGGUGCCUAUCUCGCAGACAGCCCCCAGCAACCAACAGUUCUCAGUCGGAACGACGGUAUACGCUAAGUACCCGGAUACCGACACCUUUUACCGAGCUAGGGUCAAGAGCUUCCAGAAACCCAACUACAGUUUGAAAUUUGACGAGGACGUUCAGGAGAUGCUCGUCGAUGCGCGGUUCGUCUUAUCUGCCGGGUUAAAGUAG